AUGGGUUCGAGAUACCCAUCUCACCAGCUUGGCAAUGGGCUGUUCGUGUCUGGUCGGCCUGAGCAACCAAAAGAAAGGCCUCCAACGAUGAGCUCAGUAGCAAUGCCUUACACAGGUGGAGAUAUCAAGAAAUCAGGAGAGCUUGGGAAGAUGUUUGAAAUCCCUACGGAUGGGACUAAGUCUAGGAAGUCUGGUCCCAUACCUGGUGCUCCUUCAAGGUCUGGCUCAUUUGCAGGGACUGGGCAAUCAGGUCCAGGCGCUCCUAUUGCCGCUGGUCGUAUGUCUGGGUCUUUAGCUUCUGCUGGGUCGGUUUCAAUGAAGAAAACGAAUUCUGGACCGUUAUCUAAGCACGGAGAGCCUUUAAAGAAAUCAUCUGGCCCACAAUCUAAGCAAAAUUCUGGUCCUAUUCCUGUUCUUCCAACUACAGGACUCAUAACCUCUGGGCCUAUUACGUCAGGGCCUUUGAAUUCAUCUGGAGCUCCAAGAAAGGUUUCUGGUCCUCUAGACUCGUCUGGUUCGAUGAAGCCACAUACGCCUUCUGUUGUCCACAACCAGGCGGUGACUACUCUUGGUCCCGAGGAUGACUUUUCCUGCCUGAAGAGCUUCCCAAAGUCUGUGAUGUGGCUGGUUGUUCUUAUAUUUGUAAUGGGGUUCCUUGCCGGAGGAUUCAUUCUUGGUGCUGUUCACAACCCAAUUCUCCUCAUCGUUGUCGCAAUCUUGUUUACAGUUGUUGCCGCGCUUUUUCUUUGGAAUAUUUGUUGGGGCAGACGUGGUAUCACAGACUUCGUUGCUCGCUAUCCUGAUGCUGAUCUUAGAACUGCCAAAAAUGGUCAAUACGUGAAGGUCACUGGGGUGGUUACUUGUGGUAAUGUGCCGCUUGAGUCAUCGUUUCACAGAGUUCCCAGAUGUGUAUACACAUCCACAUGCCUACAUGAGUAUCGUGGAUGGGGUUCAAAGCCAGCCAAUUCAUCACAUCGUUGCUUCACGUGGGGACUGAGAUCAUCAGAGAGACAUGUGGUGGACUUUUACAUAUCGGAUUUCCAAUCUGGGCUGAGAGCCUUGGUGAAAACCGGAAACGGUGCGAAGGUAACACCUCUUGUAGAUGAAUCUGUUGUCAUCGAUUUUAAGCAAGGAAGUGAGCAAGUGUCUCCAGAUUUUGUUCGGUGGUUAAGGCAGAAGAAUCUAUCUAGCGAUGAUCGAAUAAUGCGGCUCAAAGAAGGGUAUAUAAAAGAAGGAAGCACAGUGAGUGUGAUUGGAGUGGUGCAGAGAAACGACAAUGUGUUAAUGAUAGUACCAUCACCUGAGCCACUUGCAGCUGGUUGGCAAUGGAGGAGAUGCACGUUCCCAACAAGUCUUGAAGGAAUCGUAUUGAGAUGUGAAGACUCAUCAAACGUUGAUGCAAUACCGGUUUAA